GAGAUCCUGAGCAUGUUCGUUGCAAUCUUGCGUAAAAGUUACCUCAACCUUCAGGCUUGCUCUGAGGUAUCAAUCAUAGAGAAGCUAGUUCAGAGGUUACCCAACAGUGAUGAAAUGAUCGCAGAUUUACUGAUUGAGAUCAUUGGUGUAUUAUCAAGCUACAGCAUCUCAGUAAAAGAACUCAAACUCAUCUUCAGAAGUCUCAAAGGAACGGAUAAUAAAUGGCCAAAGCAUUCUGUUCGACUACUCCAAGCUCUAAGACAGAUUCCUCGCAGACAUGGUCCAGACGUCACAUUUAGCUUUCCUGGCAAAGAUGGCGCUGCUAUAGCACUACCACCCAUUGCCCGGUGGCCCUAUCAGAAUGGAUUCACGUUCUCUACCUGGUUUAGAGUGGAACCGAUCAAUACAAACAUAGAGAGGGAUAAACCGUACUUAUACUGCUUUCGAACAAGCAAAGGUGUCGGUUACUCUGGUCACUUCAUGGGUUCAUGCCUGGUUGUGACCUCUGUCAAGGUCAAAGGUAAAGGCUUUCAGCACUGCAUCAAAUAUGACUUCCAACCAAGAAAGUGGUACAUGGUAACAGUGGUGCAUGUGUACAACAGAUGGAGGACAAGUGAAAUCAAAUGCUAUGUCAAUGGAACCCUGGUAUCAUCGGGUGAGAUGCAGUGGUAUGUCAGCACCAGUGAUCCAUAUGACAAGUGUUUCCUAGGGUCGGCGCCCACGGCAGACAAGGAGAGAACAUUCAGUGGCCAGCUGUCAUCUGUGUAUCUGUUCAGUGAAGCCAUAUCACCACAGUGUAUCCAUGGAAUAUACCUCUUAGGUCCCAACUACAGGAGUCAUUUCAAGUUCCCGUCAGAGAGUGAUGUGAGCCUUCCAGAUCAGUUCAAGAAGGUCUUAUACGAUGGCAAGCUCACCAGCAGCAUAGUGUUCCUCUACAACCCCGCUGCUACAGAAUCUCAGCUAUGUCUAGAGUCAUCACCCAAGGGUAACCCGUCGUUCUUUGUCCAUUCACCCCACGCCCUCAUGGUUCAGGAUGUCAGAGCCAUUGUGACCCACUCCAUCCACAGUACGUUGCAUUCCAUCGGUGGUAUACACAUGCUUUUCCCAAUCUUCACCCAACUGGAUUAUCUCCAUCAACAACUGACUACCAAAGAUGAUGAGGAGUCUCCAGCAGUUUGCCCCCUUCUAUUAGGAUUACUGUGUGAUCUACUAAAGGGUUCUAUGUCAACUCAACAGCAGAUGGUCCAUGGUAGAGGUUUCAUCAUCCUAGGCUAUAUACUGCAGAAGGCUUCCCCCGAGCACAUGACAGGCACGGUCCUAGAGCUGUUCCUAGACCUAGCCAAGCAUUUCAACAACCUCCCAACUGGUAUCCAGCUCCUUCGCCAUCUUGUCGAUCAUAUCCUCUUCAAUCCAUCGCUAUGGAUACAUACACCAAUCAAGGUCCAGAUAUCCCUGUACACAUUCCUUGCCAAUGAGUUUGUGGGUCAGGCGUCCAUCUACACCAAUAUCCGUCGGGUUAGCACGGUCCUUCAGUUGAUGCACACUCUCAAGCACUACUACUGGAUCGUCAACCCAGAGAACAGGAGUGGAAUCGUGCCAAAAGGCUUGGAAGGAAAUCGACCAAGCCUUGAAGACCUCUUGACCUUGAGGGCACUCAUCCUUCGUGUUACCAAGCAACUGAUUCUCAAGGAGAAGUCGGCUAAUGACGAGGAGCUUCAGAUCAUUCUCAACUAUCUCAUGACCAUGCAUGAGACAAGAUCUGAGGGGGUUGAUGAGAAAACAGUGGACCUGAACCUGAAGGACGUUCUUCAGCUAUUGCUCUCUCUGAUGGCAGAAAACAUCAACGGCUUGGCAGUCGCAUUUGACAGGAAAAAUGGCAUCAGGACUGUAUUCAAGCUGUUGGCUUCAAACGAUGAAGUAGUUCGGUCCCUCUCCCUCAAAUGUCUUUCACUUUUCCUCAGUAGACUACCACACAAGAGGAAGAUGGACCUGAUGUACGCUCAUAAUCUAUACUCACUUCUUGGAGAGAGAAUGCAACUCACAUCAAAUACACUCACACUCACCAUGUACAACUGUCUCUUCGAGCUAUUGACAGAGAGAGUUAGUUUACAAGUGAUGUCAACAAGACAUCCAGAACCAGACAAGACAUACAGAGUUAUGAACCCAGGGAUGUUCCAUGUGAUUGCCAGGCUUCUGCGCCAAUCUGUUCCUAGUCCUGAGUCUAUGGAUGUAAGAAGACUAUUUCUAUCUGAUAUGAUCCUUCUCUUCAACAACAGUAGAGAAAACCGCAGAAUCCUUCUGCAGUGUUCUGUCUGGCAGGACUGGAUGAUCUCUCUCUCCUAUAUCUACCCCAAGAAUGAGGAAGAGAAGAAGGUAUCCGAGAUGGUGUACUCUCUCCUACGCAUGCUCCUCCACCAUGCUAUGAAGUAUGAAUGGGGAGGAUGGAGGGUAUGGGUGGAUACCCUAUCUAUCUUACAUUCCAAGGUAUCCUUUGAAGACCACAAGAAUGACCUCCUGAAGGCCUACACCCACUACCAGAACCAGCAGAGUGAGGAUGGGGGCAGCCCUCGACGGAUACCGCUCAACAUCUCAGAGGCCGUAGCGGCUGGUGCCAAACUACCCAGGUCGGGCCAACCAGACCAUUCCAUCAGCGCUCUUGCAGCGAUGACCGGUGGGGAUGGGCUGGACUAUGAGGUUGUGGAGGAUGACCCUAACAAUCCGUACCCACCCCGGGAAAGGAUGGUGACAGAAGCUGAGUUGGAAAGGAUACGUCACCAGCAGGAGGUAAGGUCCUUCUUGAAUGAUGUGAUUGAUAGAGUUGUCUCCAUGGUGGAGAAGGAGGAGCCAAAGGAAACAGCAGAAGGAGAUAAGGCAGAGGCUGUCUCUACUGAUGCAUCUAACAGUGCUGAUGGCAAUGAAGAUACUUCCAUUGUAUCGAAGGACAGUCCAGCCAUCCUUCCUCUUGCUAACAUCACAACCAACGAACAGAUUCUUCAGGCUGCUGAUUAUACCACCCAGGUACCCCUAGAGGAGGAGGUUAGACAGAUGGAGGCUGGAGCCAGUGGUGGAGGGGGUGGAGACACACCCAGCCAGAGGGUCUUUAGUCCAGGACCACAUCAGGCUCCGUAUCGUAUCCCAGAAUUCCAGUGGUCCCAUAUGCAUCAAAGGAUGAUGUCUGAUCUACUGUUUGCUAUUGAAACUGAUGUGCAGGUUUGGAGAAGCCACAACACAAGGACAGUGAUAGACUACGUCAAUGCUGGAGAGAAUACUAUCUUUGUUCAGAAUGUGACCCAGAUGAUCUCUCAAAUCAUGGAUGUCCUCAUCUAUUCCUGUGGUGGCAUCCUACCUCUCCUCUCGGCUGCAACAUCAAGAAGUCUAUAUGAUCAGCCUGAUGUCAUCAUGCUACCACUAUUCUAUCAGCAAGAUCCUGACAUCGUUGAACCUUCCCAAAACCUCCCCUUGGAUGUUGGCAUCUCAUUCAUCAACCGUAUCAUGAACCUUGUCGAUGUCCUGGUCUUUGCCAGCAACCAGAACUUUGGAGAGCUGGAAGCAGAGAAGAGCGUUGCUAGAGGAGGAAUCCUUAGGCAAUGUCUGCGACUCACAUGCUUCUGUGCAAUUCGCAAUGUUCUGGAGUGCCGUUUCCGGAUGCAUCCUUCUCCGUCAUCCAGUACAGUAAGUCUCAACAAGCCUACUCCGGCUGAGCCUAGCACGCCUACAGGCAGUAUACAUACACUCAUCCAGGCUACACAACCAUCCCCUCGGGCCGCCACUAAUAUCAGGCUCCCCGGUUAUAUGAAGAACAUAGUUGAGAAUCUUGCAAGUCCGAUGUCUCCUGUCCGAGACCUGGAGAGACUGCUUCAAGACAUGGACAUCCAUAGGCUUAGAGCAGUCGUCUACAGAGAUGUGGAGGAGAGCAAGCAGGCCCAGUUCCUGGCCCUGGCUAUCGUUUACUUCAUCUCGGUCCUGAUGGUGGCCCGUUACCGUGAUAUCUUAGACUCAGACAACUCCCCAGCCCUCUCCAGACAGAAUUCCAUCCAGAAGUCUCAGGUCUCUGCUCAUGACAUCGAACAAGAAAUGGACAAUAGAGCCACCCAGACGGCUCAAGGCAGGAGUCAAGAGCAAAUAGUAAAGAAUGGAUCAAAGGAAGACGUGGCUCAGACAAGUGCUCCUGCAGGAGCACAGGUCUCCAUUAACCAACAGGAUCCACAUGGAGUCAGGAAGGAGCCUCUUGGAGCUGCCUCUCAGGAGCUGGAUGGAGCUCAUAAAGUAGCAGAGGAGCCAUUGAAGAAAAAUGUUGCUCCCACAAUGGAUAAUAAGGAGGCAACCAGGGUACCAGCAGAGAAAGAGGGAGCGAUGGAACAAGAAGAUGGGGAGGAUGAAGGAGAAGAGGAGGAAGAGGAAGAGGAGGAGGAUAACAGGAUGAGAGAAGAUCCUCCGUCUCAGGAUGAUAGCAGUGCUGGGCAAGAGGAGGAGAAGACAGAUAAGGAAAAAGAGAUCCAUGAUGAGGAUGAUGGUAAGUUGAAAGACACCAUCGAGAAUGGCAUCGACGACAAGAAGACCGUCUCCACCAGCGACAUCAUCCCCACCAUCACUGAUGAUAUGUCGGGCAAAGAUGGAGACGAGAUGCAGGAAGUCUCUUUGAAUGGCUCCUUGGAAGGAGACGAGGAGGAGGAGUCCAAAGCUCCUACUCCGCCCACCAAGGAUAUCGCCUCACCAACUGCCAUUAAAAAGGAUGUGGAUGCACAUGGGGAGUCGACGGAGGAGGGCGGAGCUGAAGGAGCGAUGCCUCCACCGAAGGGUACAUCGUCGAUAUCAUCGAUCGUCAUGGCGUCAGAGAAAGUUGGUGAGUCGGACGAAAAACGCCCCAUUCACACCUGGCCAUGGACGGGAACCAAGAAUGGUGAACAGCCACCAGGUGCCCAAGGAACUAUUCCUGGAACUAUUUCUGCCAAUCCGGAUGCCCCAGUGCCACCUGGUGACGCCCCUACCGUCCCCUACACCAACACCCCUCUACCAGCAGAAGUCCAGGAGAAGUCUAGUCUCUACAGACCACCGCCCUUGGAUCUUUCGGGCGUGGCAGAAGGAGUGAUGACUCCAUCUUUAGCAGAGAAGAAGCUGGUAGCCGGAGCAUCGGAAGGAACCGUUGAGGAGAGGUUGACCAAGGCCUUGGAGACAGCUGCCCCGCUCCUGCGAGAGAUCUUCCUGGACUUUGCACCCUUCCUUUCCAAGACGCUGCUUGGAAGCCAUGGUCAGGAGCUGCUGAUUGAAGGUCUGAUAACGAUGAAGUCAUCCAACUCAGUCAUUGAGCUAGUCAUGAUGCUGUGCUCCCAGGAAUGGCAGAACUCUAUCCAGAAACAUGCAGGCCUGGCUUUCAUCGAGCUGGUCAACGAGGGCAGGCUUUACUCCGGCCUGACGAGGGAACAUCUCUUGCGUGUGGCUAAUGAGGCAGAGUUUAUCCUCAGUAGGCACAGGGCUGAAGAUGUUCAGAAGCAUGCAGAGUUUGAGUCACUUUGUGCACAGACGUCGAUGGACUGUAGAGAGGAGGAGAAGAUGUGUGAUCACCUGAUCACUGCCGCUAAGAGGCGGGAUCAUAUCCUGGCCAGCCAACUCAUCCAGAAGACCCUUAAUAUACUCACCAACAAACAUGGUGCAUGGGGAAACUUGGCUGAAGGGCCAAGAGAGUAUUUCCGUCUUGAUAUGUGGGAGGAUAAUACCAGGCGUCAUCGUCGUCUUGUUCGCAAUCCUUACGGCUCCUCACACACAGAAGCAACGCUGAAAGCGGCCAUUGAGCAUGGAGAACCUGAAGAUGUUGUAGAGAAGGCCAAACAAGCUCUCCAUGCUCAGAUAGCAUCUAAACAACGUGGUUCACAGGGUUCUGAGGAUACUACUGAAGAUGAGACUAGUAUACAGGAAGAUGCAGAACUAGAGAAUGAACUUGAAGGUCCCGUGGUUUAUACAACAUCAUCUCAGAUGAUUGCGCCAUGCGUUGUUGUCAAGGGAACACUGUCCAUCACAUCAGCUGAGAUGUACUUUGAAGUGGAUGAAGAUGAUGCAAGCUUCAAGGAGGCUGACCCAAAGGUAGGAAAGAAAAUUCAUUGCAUUCUCCAUGUUUGUUGGUGUGCUGAAUAACAAUUUAAAGUGUGGAUGUAAAACUAUUGAACAAGAAAAUGUAUUCAAAUUAAAAAACAUAUUCGUCAGAAAAACAAGAAAAAUGGCUCAGGCUUUUGAUUUUUAAUGACUGGGAU